AUGCUGCUCGUGCCGGCCGUGUACUCUGAUCCGUCUCUCAAAGUGGGCUUCUACAAGCGAUCUUGUCCCGCGGUGGAAUCCAUUGUGAGGAGAACAGUCAGAAGGGCAGUGUCCCGCAAUCCUGGAAUUGGCGGCGGGAUUAUCAGGAUGCAUUUCCACGACUGCUUUGUCCGGGGUUGUGAUGGUUCCGUGCUGCUGAAAUCGGGGCCAGGUGGUAAGCAAUCGGAGAGGGACCACCCGGCCAACAAUCCGGGGCUGAGGGGAUUCGAAGUAAUCGAGGAAGCGAAGAACAGAAUCGAGUCCGUCUGCCCCAACACCGUCUCCUGCGCCGACAUCCUCGCUUUCGCCGCCAGGGACAGCUCCAGCAAGCUCGGCCGGAUCAACUACGCCGUCCCUGCGGGUCGCCGCGACGGCCGGGUCACCGUCUUCGACGAGGUCACCGAUAACCUCCCUCCCCCGACCUCCACCGCCGACCAACUCGUCGCGAAUUUCGCACGGAAAGGACUGUCGGCCGACGAGAUGGUCACGCUCUCCGGCGCGCAUUCCAUCGGCGCGUCGCACUGCUCGUCGUUCUCGGCCCGCCUCUACUCCGACCCGUCCCUCGACCGGAAAUUCGCGGCGGCUCUGAAGGCCACGUGCCCCCGGCCGCCGCAAAACGGCGGCAGCGGCCGUGAUCCGUUGGUGCCGCUCGACUCGGCCACGCCCAACUGGCUGGACAAUAAGUACUACGUGGAGCUGACAGCGGGGCGGGGGUUGCUGACGUCGGACCAGACGUUGGUGGAGAAUUCGCUGACGAGGAAGUACGUGGCGGUCAAUGCUAGGUACGGCGCCACGUGGACUGCCAAGUAUGUUAAGGCGAUGGUGAAGAUGGGUUCGAUUGAUGUGUUGACCGGAAGUCAAGGUGAGAUUCGGAGCAGCUCGUCGCACUGCUCGUCGUUCUCGGCCCGCCUCUACUCCUUCAACGGAACGCAUGAUCAGGACCCGUCCCUCGACCGGAAAUUCGCGGCCGCUCUGAAGGCCACGUGUCCCCGGCCGCCGCGAAACGGCGGCGGCCGUGAUCCGUUGGUGCCGCUCGACUCGGCCACGCCCAACUGGCUGGACAAUAAGUACUACGUGGAGCUGACAGCGGGGCGGGGGUUGCUGACGUCGGACCAGACGUUGGUGGAGAAUUCGCUGACGAGGAAGUACGUGGCGGUCAAUGCUAGGUAUGGUGCCACGUGGACUGCCAAGUAUGUUAAGGCGAUGGUGAAGAUGGGUUCGAUUGAUGUGUUGACCGGAAGUCAAGGUGAGAUUCGGAGCAGCUGUAGCUUUGUCAACUGA